GGUCAUCAAUCUCUUCCCUUGAUUUUCUCCGAUUAAAAUAAAAAUAAAAUAAAAACAGGAAACCCUCUCUUCCCACGAAACCCUUGCUUUCCCACGAAUCACACUCCUCCUACUUGUUUUCUCCCUUUCAAAUUAGGACAUUGUUCUCGUUAACGGAAAAUGAAGCGUUCCUUAAUCAAGGCUAAUCUGGAUGACUCUCAUAUGAAUGAGAAUCCGAAAAGUCAUUAUCCUGAUGAUAGAAGAAUAAGGUUAGAAAGACGAUGGAGGAGACGGGAGGCCGCAAAUGUUAGUUUGAAGCACAAUUGUUUUGCUAGUGCUGCAAGGACAACCACAAAGAUUUAUGGAAAUAGAGCUGUUUUAAAACGUAAAAAUGAUCAUACAACUUAUGAUGACAAAGAUGAAGCUUGCAAAAACAAAUUGGGUACAUUUGUCAGGGACCAUGAUGAAGAUUACAUAUCGUAUUUGGUUACAUAUAAUCCUGAUAUUGAAAUUGAUAGUGCUAAUGAUCAUAACGGCAAUGAUGAAUUUGAUGAAGAUUACAGAUCAUUCUUGGAUACAUAUAACCUUGAUAUUGAAAUUGAUAAUGCUAGUAAUCGUAAUGGCAGCGAUGAAACGGAUGAAGAUUACAGAACCUUCUUGGUUACAUAUAAUCCCGAUGUUGAAAUUGUUAGUGCUAUUGAUCAUAAUCAUAAGGGUAAUGGUGAGAUUGAUGAAGAUUACAGGUCCUUUUUGGUUACAUAUAAUCCUGAUAUUGAAAUUGAUUGUGCGAGUGAUCAUAAUGGCAAUGAUGAAAGGGAUGAAGAUUACACAUAUAAUCCUGAUAUUGAAAUUGAUAGUGCUAGUGAUCAUAAUGGCAAUGAUGAAAUUGAUGAAGAUUACAGAUCCUACUUGGUUACGUAUAAUCCUGAUGUUGAAAUUGAUUCUGCUUGUAAUCAUAAUGGCGGUUCAAAUAUUGAAGCCGAUUUUUGCAACAGUGACAGCGAGGAAAGAGAUGGAGAUUCUCAAUAUAUUUUAAAUCAAAAUGUUUCUGGUGAUAAUAGCGAUGAUGUUGAUGUAGAUGCAGAUUAUCAGUCAUUCCUGAAUUCUUUGAAAGACGGUGACAGAUUGGUCAAUCUGGGUAGUGUGUCGAGAAGAAAAAGUUCAAGUGUUAGGCGAAAUUCAUGCGUUUCUGAUCAGACAUUUCAUACUCCUGAAGUGCAUUGUGACGUUGACGCAGAUUAUGGACUAUUCCUUGGUUUGCCGUCGACUGUUGAUGGCGAUACCACAAACACAUUCAAGGUGGAGGAUGAGAGUAAUUCCUCUGAUUCAGAUCUUAUUAUUUUGGAAUCUAAUCAAAUCGGUGAAAACACUCCGUUCGUUUGUUCAAAAACAUAUGAUUCAUCUUGUUUUGGAAAAGAAAUGGGCUCCAGAGGCAACAUGCAAACAUCUGCUUAUGAUCAUUCUAAAUUUAGAAGCAGACUUAUGGAAUGUCUUGACAAGCCUUAUGACCAAGAAGAGUAUGAAACCAAACUGCAUAAUGUACAUGCGCAAAUGCCAAAGGAACGCCAUCUAGAAACACGGCAGGGGGUGGUUAAAUUAUAUUGCAUUGAAGGUUUCAACGAAUCGUAUCUUCAGAUGUACCCUGAUUUUGAAAAAGCUAUUGCUGAGUACAAGGAACCGCAUAAGGUUUUGUUUCUCUUGCGUGGAUUUUUUUUCUAUGUGCAAAAUGUGUGCCACCAGGGUGGAACAUUUCAGCCUUGGCUCGAUGAAUCAUGUUUGGAGAUAUUGCGAAAAAUGUGAAAAUGGAAUCUUCUAAAUCUAGGAUUUGGAAGCAACGGUUUUAGAAUCUUAACAUCCAACAAUGUUUAAGUACAGUUAAACUUAUUACUGAACUGACCCUGUAAACAGUACCUGAAAGUUAAAGUUACUUCCUUAUUACCUCUGAGUUGAGGAAGGAAACCACUUAUUACUAUCAGUGUGUUUUGUUUUUCAAUUCAUUGAUUAUCAUUUUUUGGCC